GAAGUACUGUGUGAAGUAUGAAGGAAUUCCUCAGGGUUCACUGCUGAGCCCUGUACAGUUCUAGAACUUUACCCAGCAUCCUCUUCGCGCUCAACAUGGAGGAACUGACGGUGGAGGUCCGUGGCUCCAAUGGAGCUUAUUAUAAGGGCUUUGUCAAAGACGUUCACGAUGACUCGCUCUCCGUUUCGUUCGAAAAUAACUGGCAACCUGAAAGACAAGUUCCCUUCAGCGAUGUGCGCUUGCCACCUCCUGCUGACGGCAAAAAGGAGAUCACCGAAGGAGAAGAAGUGGAGAUCUUCUCCCGCGCGAACGAGCAGGAGCCCUGUGGCUGGUGGCUGGCUAAAGUGCGCAUGAUGAAAGGAGACUUCUAUGUUAUCGAGUACGCCGCGUGUGACGCAACCUACAACGAGAUCGUAACGUUCGAGCGUCUCCGCCCGGUCAACCGCAAUAAAGCUGUGACGAAGAACACCUUCUUUAAGUGCAGCGUUCCUGUGCCUGAUGAUCUCAGAGCAGCAUGUGAGAACGAACAAGCACACAAGGAUUUCAAAAAGGCGGUCGGAGCCAUUCGGAUUGUUUACAGCCCGGAGCAAAGUGAACUGACUGUACUGUCCAUGAACGAAUCCACCGUCAAGCGCGUCUCCCUGCUGAGUGACAUGCAUUUACGCAGCAUCCGCACCAAACUCCUGCUCAUGUCCCGGAACGAGGAGGCCACCAAACAUCUGGAGAGUACGAAGCAGUUGGCCUCGGCGUUUCAGGACGAGUUCACUGUGCGAGAGGACCUCAUGGGUCUCGCCAUCGGAACCCACGGCAGUAACAUUCAGCAAGCCAGAAAGGUGCCGGGAGUGACGGCCAUCGAGCUGGACGAGGAGACGGGAACCUUCCGGGUGUACGGAGAGAGUGCUGAGGCCGUACAGAAAGCAAGGAAUUAUCUGGAGUUUCUGGAAGAUUCGGUGCAGAUUCCUCGCAAUCUUGUUGGGAAGGUUAUCGGAAAAAAUGGCAAGGUUAUCCAGGAGAUAGUGGAUAAAUCCGGUGCGGUGAGAGUGCGCAUCGAAGGCGACAAUGACAACAAACUCCCCCGGCAGGAAGGAAUGGUGCCAUUUACAUUUGUUGGUACAAAGGAGAGUAUCAGCAAUGUACAGGUCCUACUGGAGUAUCAUAUUGCUUAUCUAAACGAGGUGGAGCAGCUGCGACUGGAGCGGCUGCAGAUUGACGAGCAGCUGCGUCAGAUCGGGGUGGGCUACAGGCCCGUCCCAAACCGACCCGCCGAGAAGGACAAGAGCUACGCCACUGAAGAGAGCACAUCCACCACCCAUAUCAACCGCUCCUACACCAACAGGGGCCGCGGCCGCCAGGGGCCCGGCUACACGUCCGGCUACGGCACUAACUCCGAGCACUCGUACGCCUCGGAGACCGACUCUGAGCGCAAGGAAGAGCUGAGCGACUGGUCCAUGGCAGGAGAGGAGCCCGAGCGCAACCCCAGACAGCAGAGGGACAGCAGGAGGAGACCAGGAGAGGGACGGGGCCGGGGACGCGGAGGACCCGGGGGCAGAGGCCGCGGCUCAGGAAGAGGGGCAUCCAACUCAAUUAGCUCAGUCCUGAAAGAUCCAGAUAUAAACCCAUACAGUCUGUUGGACAACACUGAGACGGAUCAGACGGCGGACACGGAUGCCAGUGACUCCCAGAUGUACACCAAUCGUCGCAGACGCUCCCGUCGUCGCCGCACUGAUGAAGACACCACAGUCAUGGACGGCAUGAGCGAGUCCGACAACGCCUCCCUCAGCGAGAAUGGCCUCGAUGAUGCUGAAGCUAAACCACAGCGGCGCAAUCGCAGCCGCCGACGCCGUUUCCGGCCUCCUGAGGAGAGGCAGCCAGUUACUGUGGCUGACUACAUAUCACGAGCUGAAUCUGAGAGCAGACAGAGAAACCCAAGAGAUCUGAGGAAGAACAAAAAGGACAUGGGUCAAGUGGACUUCAUAUCGGAGCACAGCCCGGCUGAAGCCGUGAGCAACGGCCCCACCAAAGUGGACGAUCAGAGCAAAACGCCACAAGCUACCACCGAGAAGACGCCCAAAGCCAAGCCAGCCGUCGUCAAUGGAGUCUCCUAAUCAGUUCGGCUUCUUUCUCCAAACUCAUAACCUUUACGAUUUUACAAUAGUGCUUGUACAAGCUUGCCAAAGAUAGACGUACAGACUUCCACAUUCUCGAUUGCACUUUUCAGUUCCUUCAAUGUGGAACCGAUAAUUACAAUGGAAAAAAAAAAUAUUGAGACACAAAAAAACAAAAACAAACUUAUGUCACACCUGUGUUCCUGAACAGAUAUUGUGCCUUCAGAGCGUAGUUUCAACAUUAUGUUGGCUGGCUAUAGAGCAAACAAACAGAAAAAAAAAAAAAACCAACAGCAACAACUUGUCUGAAUACGGAAAGACUCCCAGACAUCCUUAGCUGCUUUUUGUUACGUUUUAAUAUGCAACCACUUCUUCACGAGGGGUUAUGGGAAAAAGAGGACGUUUUGCACUGAAUAGUCAUUUCUUGAACUUUAGAAUAAUGUUAGUCUGGAAACUGGUCUGCUAAUUGUCCAUUUUAAAUGCUGUAUGUACAACACUUCCUGAAUGAUUGAUUGGGUUUCAUCCUUUGUCUGUUGGGUUGUUGUAAUGGUGGCAACCGAGACUUUUUUGCUAAAGGAGUUUUUCUUUUUUUUUUUUUUUUUUGGUUUAUUUAUUUUAAAAUGUACAGUAUUUAAAAUUAACGAUGCAGUGGUUUUUAACACUAAACUGCCUGAAAUUCUUAGCACGCAAUUACAAAUUUGGACUACUGAAAGAUCAAUUUCCAGAUGUUCUGUUCUGUAAACUACGUUUGUUAGUCCUUAUGGGUUUUUUUAAAAGAUCAUUCUGGUUGUUUGAUGUGCAAUAUGUUUUGUAUGCAGGUAGUUCAUAAAUAAACAUUUGAUCUUCCA